CACAAGGGAACUGCCUGGCAUACACCUUUUGAAAUUGCUUGUCAAGAGAUCAAAUCUCACAUAAUCACAUAUUAAGUUUUCCCAGAUGAAGCUAAAUACCUUUUUUUUAGUGGAACUAACAUGCAAGUAUUUCUCUCCCUGUCAUUAGAAAACUUUGCCUUGGAAAAAUUCCCUAAUAAAAUGGACCUGAUUUUAAAACUGUACACAUUACACAUAUAUGUAGCAUGAUCAAAUGUGGUCAUGUUGAUUUCAGUGUUUUUGUUUGAAAUUUUUAGGUAAUAAAGAAUAAGGGUAACAGGAAAAAAAAAAACACAAAGAGGAACUUAUCUGCAGUGUUUUAGCUUACAGGAUACGCUAGAGUUGUAUAAGGGAACUAUCCUACUAGGACAGUUGACCUUUGAACAACAUGGAUUUCGAACUGCGUGGGUCCACAUAUAUUUUUUUUUCAGUAAAUAUGUUGGAAAAUUUUUUGGAAAGGAACAACAAUUUGAAAAAAAUUGGAGAUGCAUCAUGUAGCUUUCUCCUUCCCUGGUAACUGGAGAAACAGAAUAUCAACCAAUCAUUACAGAGAUCAAGGAGGAGCCUGACAGAGUUUCUUGGAUGUCUUGUGAAUAUUAGAAAAUACAUUUUGGAGAGGCUAAAAGAAGGCCAAGAGAUACGGUGCUCACAUUUGCUUCCAUGGAACCCAGCUAGUCUUCCCUUGGGAAAAAAAAAACACACUGUGUCAAGAGAUCUUCCCUAAAUAGGAAAGAAGCUAUUAAAGGAUUUCAUCCUCCUCCUCUUUUCCUGUGCCCAAACUCUACCAGUCUCCCAUUCCAUGAAGAUGCUUUGGUGGAAGAAGAAACUCUGCCGGAGCCAUUAUCUGUGGGCCCUGGGGUGCUAUAUGCUGCUGGCCAUUGUUGCUCUGAGAUUUUCUCUCAGAUUGAAAUGUGACAUAUAUUCCCUGGAUCUGGAGUCCAGGGACUUUCGAAGCCAGCACUGUAGGGACAUUUUGUAUAAGUCCCUGAAGCUGCCAGCAAAGAGAUCCAUCAAUUGUUCUGCGAUCACUCGCGGGGACCAGGAAGCAGUGAUCACAGCUGUCCUGGACAAUCUGGAAGUCAAGAAGAAGCGGAAGCCUUUCACAGACACUGAUUACCUGAACAUGACCAGAGACUGUGAGAAGUUUAAGGCCAACAGGAAGUUCAUACAGUUCCCGCUGAGCAAAGAAGAGCUGGACUUCCCCAUCGCAUACUCUAUGGUGGUCCAUGAGAAGAUUGAAAACUUUGAACGGCUGCUGCGAGCUGUGUAUGCCCCUCAGAACAUAUACUGCAUCCACGUGGAUGAGAAGUCCCCAGAAUCUUUCAAAGAGGCAGUCAAGGCCAUCAUUUCCUGCUUCCCAAAUGUCUUCAUGGUCAGUAAGUUGGUUCGGGUGGUUUACGCCUCCUGGUCCAGGGUGCAGGCUGACCUGAACUGUAUGGAAGACUUGCUCCAGAGCUCAGUGCCCUGGAAAUAUUUACUGAAUACAUGCGGGACAGACUUUCCCAUAAAGACCAAUGCGGAGAUGGUCCUGGCCCUAAAGAUGUUGAAUGGCAAGAACAGUAUGGAAUCAGAGAUACCUACUGAGUACAAAAAGUCUCGCUGGAAGUAUCACUACGAGGUGACAGACACAUUGUACCUGACCAACAAGAUGAAGGACCCUCCCCCUGAUAAUUUGCCCAUGUUCACAGGGAAUGCCUAUAUUGUGGCUUCUCGAGCCUUUGUCCAACAUGUCUUAGAGAACCCCAAAUCCCAACGAUUGAUCGAAUGGGCCAAAGACACCUAUAGCCCCGAUGAACAUCUCUGGGCCACCCUUCAGCGUGCCCCCUGGAUGCCCGGCUCUGUUCCCUACCACCCCAAGUUUCACAUCUCGGACAUGACUGCCAUUGCCAGGCUGGUCAAGUGGCAGGGCCAUGAGGGAAACGUCAGCAUGGGGGCGCCUUAUGAGCCUUGCUCUGGAAUCCACCAGCGCGCUGUCUGCAUUUAUGGGGCUGGGGACUUGCACUGGAUUCUUCAGAACCAUCACCUCUUGGCGAACAAGUUUGACCCAAAGGUGGAUGAUAAUGUUCUUCAGUGCUUAGAAGAGUAUUUACGUUAUAAGGCCAUCUAUGGGACUGAACUCUGAGAGGAUGGCUCCCUGAGGGGCAGGAACAUGCAAAAACAUGCUCAGAAUGUGCUGGGACAGUGUGGGUGGGAGGCCAGGGCUCUGGAAUCCAUGCAUCCCCCAGGGCCAGGGAGCUGCUCUUGGAGUGUCGGUGAGUAGAUGUGUUGCCUUGCAAAUUGCUUCCCCAGGUGGACGCUGACUGUGCAUCACCCCACUCCCAAUAGCUCCUCCACUGACUUGCUUACAUAGUUGAGAAUAAGAACCAGCUCUUUGAGGGGGGGGAGUAAGAGAGGAAAGUGUGGCAGGAGACCCUGGAUUUCAGGCGAAUUCUUGGUGUCAGCUUUUCUACUCUUUGGCGAUGCUGUUCCUCAUAAUUCUGGACUUGGUAGUGGGGAGGGGAUUUGGAAAGAAGGCCUUCUAUUCACAUAAAACUGCUGUUAACUUAAAAAUAAAUAGCUUCUGAUUCAAACCCAUACCUCUACUUCUUGUCUAAUAAGGCACAACUAAGAUAAAACUGUGAGACUUCUUCAAACCCUUGGUGACAUUGAAAAUCCCUGGUGGCUGACUCUAAGAGAAUCCUCAUUAUUCCAGAAUGAUCAUGGCAGAUUCAAAAGAAUAUGGAGGGACACAGCUGAUUCUUUCAUUAUUGAAAGCCCUCCUCAUUUUGUUUACAUUGCUAGAUUCAUGACUUUUCUGUCAGGAAAAAGGCAGGGUGAUUUAACUAGUAUGACUAUCCACAGCCUUACGGGCUCCAUAAAAAAGGUGAUAGUAACCAUUAGGUCGGGUCACCAUGUGAUUAUUGUCCAAACUGGAACAUAUUUUAGUUGGGGGAGGCUGUAUUAUUAAUAAUUGUAUUAGAUAACAAGAAUAAACUAGGUCUGGAGUUCCCAUGGUGGCUUAGAGGUUAACGAAUCUGACUAGCAUCCAUGAGGACGCGGAUUUGAUCCCUGGCCUUGUUCAGCGUUGCUGUGAGCUGUGGUGUAGGUCGCAGACAUGGCUGGGAUCCUGCAUUGCUGUGGCUGUGGCUGUGGCCAGCAGCUAUAGCUGCAAUCGGACCCCCAGCCUGGGAACUUCCAUAUGCCAUGUGUCUGGACCUAAAAAAGCAAAAAAAAAUUUUAAAAAGAUAAACUAGGUCUGGUUAUUCCAUCUUUAUGCCUCUUGAGUCAAAACUCUUAUUUAAAUAUGUAAAUAUGGAAUGGUCACUUCAUGGUUCUGUGGCUUAUACAUUUCCUUGUGGGGAGACAGGUGUAUGUGUAUGUGUGUGUAUGUGCUCUCUGCCCCACCCUUCCACUCCAUCCAACAAAUGUUACCCUUUGAAAUGUUUCCUUUCUAAAGUUUCCACUGAUAAUUGUCAGUUAAUUGAAAGGUAAUUGUCUACUAGCCAUACUCUUUUAUGGCAAGGAAUACUUUAUAAACAGAUAAGCAUGUCUUGUAUAUAUAGUAGAGCUGAUCCUCUGCAUACAAUGUGCCCUGGAAAAGUGAUUUAUGUGUAAGUUAAUUUGUGUAAUUUGAAUGAGGGUCCCAUUAAUAUGUCAUGAUGCCAUUAGUGUGUUUCUUCAUUUCUGGUUUUGAUUCAGUUACUCAAGUUUUCUUUCACAGUCAACUUUCUCUGCAACCCACGGACUCUGACGUAGUUACCACUGUGUCUGAUGCACUGCAUUUUCUAAGUGGUUGCUUUCUGUAAGGUUGGACUCAUUUAGUAAUGGGCAUUGCUACCACCAACUUACAAGCAUUAUCACAGUGAGUCCUCUUCACUUGGCUCUCAGCCCCACCGUAGAGAUGUCUGCAGAUGAGCCCUGAAAGGUCUGUCUGUUCCCAGCAGCAAUGUUUGGGGACCUCUCUGCCUACGAGCAUUUGUGACUGUCCUUGGGUUCUGUGAGGGGGCUGCAAAGGAGCAGAAAAGUUUCUGAGUGCAUGUGUUCUGAGAGAAGAACUUGAUCUUUGGCUUCAUAGUCAACUUCUCGUAUCAGUUUUCAUUUGAUGUGAAUAGAAAAUUUUUAUAUCAAUAAAUUUAAAAGAUUCAA